AACGGCACAAAAGUCAACGGCCAUACCAACGGGACAACAACACCACAAGAGGCCGAGUAUGAGCCCAUCGCCAUCAUUGGCUGUGCCAUGCGUCUGCCCGGCGGUGUGCAGACAGCCGAGUCCCUAUGGGAUCUUCUAGAUAACCGUCGAGAAGGCAGGUGCAAGGUGCCAGAUACCCGCUACAACGUUGAGGCUUUUUACGGCCCUGGACGGGCUGGUCAUGUCGGCAGUGAGUACGGGCAUUUCUUGCAAGAUGUGGACCUCGCCGAGGUGGACACGUCGUUCUGGUCCAUGACACGACAGGAGAUCGAAGAGAUGGAUCCCCAGCAGCGGCUUGCGCUGGAGGUUGUAUAUGAGUGUUUUCAGAGCUCUGGCACGACCAAGUGGCGGGGCAAAAACAUUGGUGCCUAUUUUGGUAUCUUUGGUGAGGACUGGGCAGAAUUGGCAGCCAAAGAGACGCAACAGACAGGAGUUUAUAGGCUUCUAGGCACUGGCGACUAUGUGGUUGCAAAUCGUGUCUCGUAUGAAUUCAACCUCCGCGGACCUUCAGUCAUCAUACGCACAGCAUGUUCCUCGUCACUGACUGGCCUUCAUGAGGCUUGUAUGGGAAUCCAGCGCGGCGAGUGUGAGUCGGCCAUCGUGGGCGGCACCAACCUCAUUAUGAGCCCUAGCAUGACCAUCGGCAUGUCAGAGCAGGGCGUGAUAGCCCCCGAUGGGCGCAGUAAGUCGUUCGACGCAAAGGCCAACGGCUAUGCGCGUGCCGAGGGUGUCGUGGCUAUUCAUGUUAAGAAACUGUCGGACGCGAUUCGGGACAACGACCCUAUCCGCGCUGUCAUCCGGUCUUCGUGUCUCAACUCGGAUGGCAAGACGGCAGGGCUGACACAACCCAGCUCGGAUGCCCAUCACAGGCUAAUCCUGCGCAGUCAUCAGCUUGCGGGUGUUGAUAUCACCAAGACAGCGAUGGUGGAGUGUCACGGCACCGGUACGCCCAUCGGCGACCCCUUGGAAACAGGUGCAGUCGCCCGUGCCUUUGGCACGACUGGUGUCUAUAUAGGUUCCUUGAAACCAAAUAUUGGGCACUCUGAGGGCGCUAGUGGUCUCAGCAGUACCCUCAAGGCCAUGCUCGCGCUGGAACGACGGCUGAUUCCUCCAAAUAUCAACUUUACGGAGGGCAAUCCAAGAAUCCCUUUCAAGGAGAACAAAUUGACAGUUCCCCUCAAGACAACGCCAUGGCCUGCAGGCAAGGCUGAGCGUAUUGGGAUCAACAGCUUUGGUAUUGGCGGUGCCAAUGCGCACAUGCUCCUCGAGUCAGCAGCCCAGAACGGCGUCCAGCGCUCAUCAACGCCAACGCCCAUCACCAAUUCGCACUAUCUACUCACUUUCUCCGCAAGCCAUCCAGACUCACUACGCCGCACAGUUCAGUCCCACCAGAAAUAUUUGCAAGACCACCCUGACAGGCUGGCCGAUCUCAGCUACACGCUCAACCAGAGACGAGAAGCGCUACAGCAGCGAGCUUACAGCGUGGUGGAUGCCAACGAGCUCGACCAGCCCUUCCACGUAUCCUCCUUUGGACGUGCUGGUGCCGGUAACCCACAGGUGGCUUUUGUCUUCACAGGACAGGGCGCCCAGUGGCCCCAAAUGGGCGCGGAUCUCCUCCAAACCAACACCGUCUUCCGCGAGAGCAUCGCUGCCAUGGAUGACUCGCUCAGCCGGUGCGCCCAGCCUCCUUUGUGGACACUCCGAGAGGAGCUUCUGAAGGCAGGCAAGACGAGCCGCAUCAUGGGCACUGAGUUCUCGCAGCCGUGCUGUACCGCCGUGCAGGUCGCUCUAGUCGACGUGCUCUCGUCGUGGGGCAUCAGCCCGUCAAGCGUUGUGGGCCACUCGAGUGGUGAGAUCGCCGCCGCAUAUGCCGCUGGUGCUCUGUCCAAGGAGUCAGCCAUUUUAACGGCGUAUUAUCGCGGCAUCGUGACAGAAGAGGUGACCACAACGGGUGGCAUGGCAGCAGUAGGCCUGGGCCGCACCACAGUCGAGCCUUUCCUCAAGCCAGGCGUCGUCAUCGCGUGCGAGAACAGUCCCAGUUCUGUUACCCUCAGUGGCGAUUCAGGUGUCCUCGAUGAGGUCGUCAGUAUCGUGCGUCAAGAGUUUCCCGAUGCUGCAGUGCGGGCGCUGCGGGUCGAUUGCGCUUACCACUCACACCACAUGAGGCCUGCGGCGGAGCGAUACCUUGAGCUGAUGCCUGACCUGGGUGCUAUCAAGCCUCAAAUCCCUUGGUUCUCUUCUGUUCGUGGGAACGAGUUCGAAGGAAAGCCUGAUGCUUCGUACUGGGGCAAUAAUCUGGUUCAGCCUGUUCUUUUUUCGCCUGCUGUUGCGGCUAUGUUGAAGUACCUGUCAUCUUCUUCAACAUCUUCCUCCUCUGUGCUUCUCGAAGUUGGUCCUCAUUCUGCCCUUGCAGGACCCGUUAGACAAAUCCUGCAGGCUGCCGGCACGAGCAAGGUCGAAUACGCCAACACCCUGACCCGAGGCCAGCCUGGAGAACAAUCCCUCUUGACAUCUGCUGGACGCCUCUGGCAGCUCGGAGUAGACCUGGACCUCGAUCCAAACAAGACAGAGCGCGAGACAGCAACCUCCUCCUCUUCCUCGCCUCCAGGCCGUCCACUCACAGACCUUCCCCUGUACCCAUGGCGUCGAGAGGGCCCCUUCUGGAGUGAGAGCCGUCUCUCCAAGUUCUGGCGCUUCCGAAAAUUCCCCAAACACGAUCUUCUUGGCGAGCGCGUGGCAGCCGCCUCCGAUUCCUGCCCAACCUGGCGCAACUUGCUUCGGCUCAGCGAGGUGCCUUACCUGCGUGACCAUAAAGUCUCCGGCGACGUUGUAUUUCCUGCUGCCGGCUUCAUGGCCAUUGCAGGUGAGGCCGUGCGCCAGCUGGGAGACUCGGAGGACUGGAGUUACAGCCUGCGUGAGGUGCACAUCAGCACGGCGCUCGUUCUCCAGGAAGGGUUUGCCGGCGAGCUGAUCACGCACCUGCGGCCUGUGAAGCUGACAAAUUCUCUUGACUCGGUCUGGUACGAAUUUGACAUCUCCGCUGUGCACGGCGACAGAUGGACCAAGCAUGCUAUGGGCCAGGUGCGGCAGGGCUCCGAAGUGAGCCCGCCUCCAGCCAAGAACAUCGUUGCCAGGCAGAGGACAGUCGAUCCGCCGUACUGGUACAAGGUCAUGGACAAGUUUGGGCUCGAGUACGGACCCAAUUUCCAAGGACUGCGAGAGAUGACAGCCGAUGUGCUGCGUCACGAAGCCGUCGCCACCAUCUCUGGGCCCGAGAUCCCCCAACAUACCUCUGCCUAUGCCGUACACCCUACCACGCUGGACUUUGUCCUGCAGAUGUACAGCGUGGCCUCGUCCAUGGGGCAGGCUCGCCGAUUCAGGCAGCUGGCAGUGCCUUCAUACAUCGGCUCUGCGUAUAUUCGCCCUGCGGCGAGUGAGACGAGCGAUAUUCGUCUCGAGGUGGCUGCUGAGCUGACACCCAGGGGUGCCAUUGUUGGCGAUGCCGUUGGUAUUUGUGGAGAGUCUACGGUGCUGAGCUUCCAGAACCUUCGGAUGUCGCCUCUUGCUGAUGCGGCGGAUGCUCGUGGAGAGGAUCCUCAUGCGGCUGGGCAGAUGAUCUGGAAACCUUGUGUCAGGCUGCUCGACAAUGCCUCGGCACUGUUGCACACAGCAAAGAAAGACCAGGGCCUGCCGUCAGAUGUUGCCGCGCAGGUAGAUCAUAUGGCUCUUGCCUGUGCAAUUGAGGCGAGUAUCAGUCUUUCUGGCAAAUAUGUCGAAGGUGGGAAUGCUGCGAGCAGUGCCAGUCCCCAUCUCGCCAAAUACCGCGCCUGGCUCGAUGAUGUGAAGGCACAAGCCGAAAACAACUCGAAAGAGAUCGUUGACUUGUCCUCGUCUGACCGUCUUGCGCUGAUCGAAAAGAUAUUUGGUGAGAUCUCGUCGUUCGGUGAGAGUGCUCGUGUUCAGGCCACGGCUGUGCACCGUGUCUUCACUGCUCUCCACACAAUCUUCAACGAGAGCAGCGAUCAAGAAACUCAACUGGAAGUCGACUUUCAAGCUCGUAUCUACGAAGAGCUUGAUUCCGUCGAUGCUACUGAGUUCUAUAAGUUGUUGGCGCAUUACAAGCCCAAUCUCCGCAUCCUCGAAAUCGGUGCUGGCACAGGUGGCACGGCCAAAACUAUCCUCGACACGCUGUCUUCGAUCCAGCCACAUCAUGGCCGUCACUAUGACUCGUACACUUUUACAGAUGUCACGUCCGACCUGUUUGAUCAGGUCAAAGAGCGUCUUGCUGGCAAGGAGGCUGUCACGUACAAGGCCUUCGAUGUUUCCCAAGACCCAGUUCAGCAGGGUUUCGAAGAGGAAGGGUUUGACCUCAUCAUUGCCUCGCAGGCAAUUCAUGCUACAUCGGAUCCCUCUGCCUCCCUUCGGCAUGUUCGCAGGUUGCUGUCCCCUACCGGGCAUUUGUUCCUCCAGGAACUUGCCCCGUCUACUUCCAAGUGGCUCAACUUUGUCAUGGGCGCGUUCCCCAGCUGGUGGGCUGGUGAGCGAGGACGCCAAACAGCAAGCCAGUGGGAAUCACUUCUUCAGUCAACUGGGUUCGAUCAUAUUGCAGCUUCGCACCAUGACAACCAACACCUGAGCACGUCUAUCAUCGCUCGUCCAGCCACUCCAGCAGUUCCAAAGAGGAUCACCAUCCUGACCCCAGAGGCCGGUGACAAACAAUCAACCCACAUCCAAGAAGUCACCACUCUCCUCAAGAACAAAGGAUACAGCAUAGAUACGUGCAAUUGGGGCCAACAAGUGCCUGCCAACCAAGACGUGCUCGCUCUCAUGGAUUUUGAUACUCCUUUCCUCCAAGACAUGCAGUCCCCGAAAUACACCCAAGUUCAAUCUUUCGUCCGCAGCCUUAGCGGCACAGGUGUGCUCUGGGUGACAGGCCCAGCCCAGAUCAACUGUACCAACCCAUCGUACGGCCUGAUGAUCGGCCUGGCUCGCACCAUGCGUACAGAGCAGACCCUCGACUUUGGUACUCUCGAACUGGAGAGCUUUGAUCCCGCUGGCUGGAACGCCAUCGCCGCUGUGCUGCCCGAGUUCCAGAGCCGCCUUGCCCCAGACGCAGACACGAACCCCGUCAUGGAGUGGGCGCUGGCCGAUGGACGGGUCCAGAUCAGCCGGUUUCACUGGGUGUCACUUAGCGAGGAACUGGCUGUCUCGCAGGAGGGCGAAUCAGCGCGGAAACUGGAUGUCGAGAAGCGUGGGUUCUUGAAUACCUUGUACUGGAAGGAGUAUGCGCCCGCCAAGCCCGAGGGAAACCACCUGCGCGUGAGGAACCGCAGCUGUGGCCUGAACUUUAAGGAUGUCCUGAUCGCCAUGGGAAUCGUGGACGGCGUGAUCAACGAAGGAUAUGGUCUUGGUCUCGAGGCUGCAGGCAUCGUGGAGGAGGUCGGUCCUGAUGUGCAGAACCUCAAGGCCGGCGACAGGUGCAUUGCCAUUCCCAGCGGUGCCAUGUCGACUCAUCUCACCACAACGGAGCAUCUUUGUGUCAAGAUCCCAGACGAGCUGUCGUUUGAGGAGGCUGCCACUAUGGCCACCGUGUAUUGUACUGCCAUUUACUCACUGGUGGACAGAGCCAGGGUCGAGGCUGGGCAGACAGUCCUGAUUCACAGUGCUGCUGGAGGUGUUGGUAUUGCCGCUAUUCAGAUAUGUCGCUGGCUCGGCGCCGAAAUCUACUGCACAGUCGGUAGCGAAGACAAAGUUCGCUGGCUUACAGAGACUUUUAACAUUCCUCGCGAGAGAAUCUUUCACUCUCGCGAUCUCACUUUCCGGAGAGACAUCCUCAAGGCCACGCAAGGACGUGGUGUGGACGCCGUGCUGAACUCGCUCUCGGGCGAGCUCCUCCACGCCAGCUGGGACUGCGUCGCCGAGUAUGGCACCAUGCUCGAGAUUGGAAAACGUGAUCUCAUUGGAAAAGGUGCUCUUGCUCUGGAACAUUUCGAGCAGAACCGGUCGUAUGUUGGUAUUGACCUGGGUCGCCUUUGUGCGCAGAGGCCGCUUACUAUGCAACGACUACUGAGACAAAUCGUGGACCUGUACAAGAGUGGAGACAUCAAGCCCAUCUCGCCCAUGACCUGCUUUGAGGCCACCAGAGUGGAAGAAGCCAUGCGUUUCAUGCAAAAAGGUUCGCAUCUGGGCAAGGUCGUCAUCAACAUGCCCGAGACGGCCGAUGAGCUGAAAUCUCGGGCACCUAAACGUGGGCUGGUCCUCGAUCCCAGUGCAUCUUAUGUGCUGGCUGGAGGGCUGGGUGGCCUUGGACAAGCUGUCGCUGUAUGGAUGGCCGAGUCUGGAGCAACUGAGAUCGUAUUCUUGUCACGCUCUGCAGGUGACCAGGACAGAUACGCAGGCUUCAUCGAGGAACUACGCUCCCUUGGGUGCAAGGCCAUCCUCGUCGCAGGCAAUGUGACCAACCUUUCCGACGUAGAACGAGCCGUGCAAAGCGCCACGAAGCCCGUCCGUGGCGCCAUGCAGGCAACCAUGGUCCUCCAGGACGACAACUUCCUCGACAUGACCUUUGAGAAGUGGAGCACAUGCCUUAGCACCAAAGUCCAGGGUACUUGGAACUUGCACAACGCGCUCCUCGGGCACGAGCUCGAUUUCUUCCUCCUGUUCAGUAGCUGGAGCGGCAUCGUCGGAUAUACGGGACAGGCCAACUAUGCCGCCGCCAAUGCCUUCCUCGACUCCUUUGUGCAGUAUCGCCACGCACAGGGCUUGACGGCAGUUGUGGUCGACAUGGCUGGUGUCGAGGACAUUGGCUAUGUUAGCCGCACCUCGUCUGUCAUGGAGCACUUCCGCGCCACGUCGACGUUUGUCUCACAAGAGGCAGAUGUCCUCGAUUCGCUGCAGGUCAUGAUCAACCGGUCCAAGCCCUCGCUGUUACAGCCUUGGUCAUCUGAGAACGCCUCUUCUCCAGGCAAGUACCAGUUUAUGACCCCGGCGCAGAUCUGCAUCGGUUUGCGGACCACCCAGCCCCUCCUCGCACCCACCAACCGUGUCGUCUGGAAGCGCGACCCCCGCAUGGGUCUCUACAAGAACAUGGACGUCGAGGGCGGCCAGCUCGCAACAGGCGGAGGAAACGAGGCCCUCAAGCAGUUCCUCACCGAAGUGAGCCAAAACCGAUCUCGCCUCGACAGCGACGAGGCCCCGCGCUUCCUUGCGACAGAGUUCGGCAAGGCCGUCUUUGGCUUCCUCAUGCGUGAUCUCGAGCUAUUGGAUUUGGAUGAGUCGCUUGAGGCCCUGGGCGUGGACUCGCUGGUUUCGAUCGAGCUACGCAACUGGUUCCGGCAGCGCGUGGGACUAGAGUUUACUACACUGGAGAUCUUAGGCUCUCAGAGUCUUCUUGCGCUUGGUAAGUUGGCUGUGCAGAGGCUUAAGAUCAAAUUGUCUGUCACGGAUGAUCCGUCAAAUCGUGCGACAGCCGAGGACAACUCAAGGUAUCUGGUUUCUAAGGCUCCGUGAUUAGGGUCCGAAUGCGUGUAUGUAUUUAGAAUAGCAUUUCACAUCUAGAGAUUUAUCUGCACAGAAGAGAAGAAAGAUUAGGAAGAAAAACGUGGUUAUAGAAAUUGCUGUUUCAAUGUUAACCGGUUGAACUUU